UGAAACUUGCAGUGGAUUUACAACUGUACCAAUGCUGUCUACGAGAGAAGAACAAAGACAGUGCAGUACUCUAUCAAGCCUUCUCAAAUUUCCACGAUAAGACUGUUUCUUCUUCAGAAGCUUUUAGACGCACAAAAGCCCCAAAGAGGAAUAACACAAGGCACAGGGUCACAGAAGGAAGGGCUUUAAGUUGGGCACUGUCAAGCUUUCAGAAACAAGCAGGCAAUGGAAGUUUUAAUUCAAGCUUUCAUUCUAGUGCUCUUCGCACAGUGGGAGAAUUGCAUAGAAGCUGGCAGCCUGGAAACAUCACAAAUCACUCAGGCCGAGAAUUCCUGCUUUCCUUUUGAUGAAAUGAAACCUUCCCAUCUUCUCUACACUGGUAACAGCACUUCUGGGACAGUUCCUGUUUUGCAGUUUAAGAUCUCAGAAAUAACUAGUUUUGAGUCUGAGUUUGAGGUGCGCACGUUUGAUCCUGAGGGAAUCAUCUUUUUCGGUGACAUGGGAGGGGAACACAAUUGGUUUCUUUUAGCACUUCAUGAGAACCUCCUGGAAAUUCAAAUUCAAAACAAUGUUGCUCGGGCCACCGUCGACAUGGGGCUCAAUAUCAGCGAUGGAGAGUGGAGAAAGAUAACAGUUUUAAAACAGGACUCCAGUGUCAUUGUGAAAGUGGGCAAUGAAAGGGUCUUAAAAGUGUUUGAGCCCGGGCUGCACACAGAUAUAAACAGGGAAGCUGGCUUCCUUCGAAUUGCUAUCGGGGCACUGUUUCCCAACAGCAGCAUGACACUGGCAUUCAAGCCUCACUUUGACGGCUGCCUUAGAAACUGGAACUGGGUUAAAAAGGAUGCUGGUAUUCUCAAGCAACUCCUGGAGUCUUCAGAAAGUCAGAGGUGCUGGCAGAACAUUGCACCAGGAACCUAUUUCCCUGGGUUUGGAGCUGGAGUGUUUGAAUCUCAAGUGUUCUUUUCAAAUUCCACCGACCCUGACGCUGAGGGCUGGAAUCUAGUGGUGGAGCUGGCGUUCCGGCCUGUGGUGGAUCAUGGUGUUCUGUUUGCUAUUGUGGAUUCCCAAAAUAACAUUUCCUUCUCCGUCUCCAUGGAUCGAACAACAAAGAAUUUAAUCCUUACAAUUGGAAACAGGAUUGCUGGUUCUCUUAACUCCCCUCCAAGUCUGUGCUCUGGUGAGAGUCAGUUCCAGCAGCUUACACUAACCGAGACGAAGCUGAAUAUGAUUUGGGGAACAGAUGAAAAGAUGUGGAAUAUUUCUGGCGAAAGCUUUGAAGCUCUGCAAUCUGCAUGGAAACAGCCAGGGACUAUGGUCUCUCUAGGAGGACUUCCAGAGAGCUGCUCUGCUGCGGCCUCCUCAUAUUUUCAUGGCUGCAUGCAAGUGAAGAUCCAGGGAAAUCCAGUGGACCUUGAUAAAGCAUCAGUCAAGCACGGGGGCAUCAGAUCCCACAGUUGUCCUUCCACCCUGGAUCUGGGAGAUGGGAAGUGAGCACAUUGCAGUUUUCUAUGAUAGGUGGACACUGUGAUACUAGAAAAGGUAUACAUAGUAUGUGUACAAAAGAACUGUGUACACCUAAGCUCCCUUAAUUUAACACUGUUAAAGUACCACUAUCUUUAUAAUAACAUACAUAUGUAUAAUGUCAUUACAGUUCUGCAAGUUUCAAGACUAAUAGAAAAGCACUUUCUAGCUCAAUGGUUUGAGAUUAUACAGUAUGUCUACAACUAACUGCAGGAGAUAUUAGUAAUGAGUAAUAAUGUGAGUGUGCAAUAUGACCUUGCAAUGACAUGAACUGGAAUAAAGCACUUGUGAUAACUUUA